UUGUAUGUAUAUGUGACGCUGACAGUAGGUAAAUGUGACUUAUACUUGUCAAAGCAGCCUGAAACUCGGAGUGAUAAUGCACUAAGUCGGGAUAGUAAGAAUUUAGGGCUAGGUGUGAAAUUUGUGAGGGUGCUGCGUAUAUUUUUUGUGUUAUCUCAAACAAAUGCAGUAAUGCAAAUGUGCUUUUUUUUUUUUUGUGGAAUUUUUUAUAUUAUUUUCUGGUUUCCUGGAACCAAUUAAUUUUUUUCCCAUAGAUUCCUCAGUCACCAUAACACACAUUUGCCAUAACAAACACUACAUUAGAAUGAAUCAUAUUCAUCGUCGCUUGCCCCACUGUACUUAGUUGUAUGUAUAGGAGUCCACAUUCACCACAUGAUAAUGACCAUACUCUUAUUGAAGAUGAUUUCACUGUACUUAGUUGUAUGUAUAGGAGUCCACAUUCACCACAUGAUAAUGACCAUACUCUUAUUGAUUUUAUUAAGAUGAUUUGUAUAGAACCUUACUCAUACACCUGUUUGCUUGGUGAUUUUAAUGUACCACAUAUUGAUUGGGACCUUUAUACACUAAAUGCAUCUGAAAAUUCAUAUGAUUAAAAGUUUCUGGAAACAGUUCAAGACAGUUUUCUUUUUCACCAUAUAAGUUAACCAACGAGAAUCAGAGGCAAUGAUGUUCCAUCACUUUUUUUAUCUGGUCUUUACUAUUGAGGAUAUAAUCUUGGAUAUACAAUAUCUUGAACCACUCAGAUGUAGUGAUCACCUACUGUUGUUGUUCAAAAACCACUGCUAUACAGAUACAAUCAAACCCCAAAAAUUUUUUAAAUAUAAUAAUGGCAACUAUAACUUGAUGAGAGAAUUUUUUGUUUGAGCUAACUGGUUAGUGAACUUUAAAGAAAAUACUAAAUUCACCAGCAAUGAGGAAACUUGGCAGAUUAUUAAAAGUGAGAUAUUAGAAUUACAUGAUAAAUUUGUUUCCACUUUAACUGUUGGUACUAAAGUUAACUGGAGGAAUGACUUUCCAAUAUCACCUGACCUUUAAUUAAAAGACUUUUAGAUGAAAAGAAAAGAGCACAUCAUAAAUGGAUAGUACAUAAACAUAGGGUUGAAGCUGAUAAUUAUAGACAUGAAUAUGUAAAACUGAGGAGUAAUUGUCAACAAAUGUGACACAAAGCUAAAUGCAAGUAUGAAAGAAAAGUAGCCAAAAAGCAACCAAAUGCCUUUAGGAAAUUCACUAAGGACAAAUUAAAAACUAAAUGCAGAGUUUCCCCACUUCUGGCAGAUCUAAAAUGACUCUAGCAGUUUGUGUCAUUAGGAUCAAGACAGGGCUGAACUGUUGCAUAAAUAUUUGUCUUUUUACUACCGAGCCAAUUGGUGUCAUCCCUCAUCCACUGGUGGUACAAGUUAGUUGUACUUUGAGUAAUGUAUGCAUCACUGAGUCUGAUGUUGGAAAGAAACUAGCCUCAAUCAAGAUUAAUAAAAGUUGUGGUCCAGAUGGCAUACAUCCUAAAAUUGUCAAAGAACUUUCUGUCCAGCUAGCCAAGCCCUUAACUGUUUUGUACAGCAAAAGUGUAGAUCUUGGAGAGUUGCCUGAGGAUUGCAAAGAAGCUACUGUUAUACAAAUUUGUAAAAAAGGAAAGAAAAUACCAACUAAUUAUAGGCCCAUAAGCCUAACUGCAAUUUUAUGUAAAAUUUUGUAAUCCUUUAUAUGUGAGGCAAUUACUACACAUCUUCAGACAAACAAAAUUCUUUCACAAAAGCAAUAUACAGUUUUUUACAAAGGUGUUCUACGGUACUGCAACUUUUGCAUUACUUGGACCAUUGUGCUGGGGUUGUGACUGGGGUCAGGGCACUUGAUGUAAUUUAUGUAAAUUAUGCAAAAGUUUUUAACUCUGUAACCCUACAUUGCAUUUUGUGUAAGCUUGAAAACCUUGGAAUUGAAGGCAAAAUCUUGAGAUGGGUUUCAAAUUUUUUGGUAGGGAGACACCAGUCUGUGAGUGUAAAUGGUGUUAUCUUCUAGAGCCCAAAUUUUAAGUGGCAUUCCACAGGGUAGUGUCCUUAGGCCAACUUUGUUUAUUUGUUAUGUUACUGUCAAUUCACCCAUGUUUGCUGAUGAUGCUAAAAUUUUACUUGAGAUUGCUGGUUGUGAUGAUUCCUGCGUCUUCCAGAGGAACUUGGAUGCACUAGAACUGUGGUCUGACAGUUGGCUAUUAAGAUUUAGUGCUCCUAAAUGUAAAGUUCUUACUAGUAUAAUGAGUAUACAUCAAUAUAUGUUGUAUGACCAGGAGCUGGAGCAUGUGGAAGCUGAAAGGGACUUGGGUGUUAUUUUUUAUUUGGCACUAAAAUCUGAACAGUAUACAUUGAGGAAACUUAAGGUAGCCAAUGCUAUGAUGGGACUUGUACAUCAUGUUUUUUUUUCAUACCUAAGCCCAGCUAUGUUCAACCUGCUGUAUACUGUCUUUGUGUGAAGUCACUUUGAAUAUGCCCAAGCUGUAUUGUCACCUAGAUAUAAAGAUGCUGCAGAGGAGACAUGAUAGAGCUGUAGAAACAUUUCAAUAAAUAUGAGGAAGACCUACUGCCCCCAUCCUUUAAGCCAUAAGUAAGAGCAAGUAGACAUCAUAACAAGCAACUCUUCCUGCAUCGUCCACUUGACUGAGUUUAUGGAGUCCAGAAUAACAGCUUUUACUAUAGGACAGCAAAUACGAGUAUGUGGAACUGACUCUCCUCUAAGGUGGUUGAGGCUUAGAUGAUUGACACUGUUAAGAACUGAUUGGACAGACACUGGGAUGCUGCUGAAAUUAAGUUUGAUCCAUCCAAGCCACCAUCCUCAACAGCAGCAGCAUUUGAUUAUGACCUUAUGAUCACAGAAAUGAGUCAUCUCUUUGCUUGGACUGCAAAUUAUACUUAAGUAAUAUGACAACAGAAGAAGUACAGCAUGUGACCCCAGAUACAAACAGCUUAUCCUCCAUCAAAGUGAACAUCAGCUGUCCACAAGGUUGUUCUCGUACCUUUGCCAAUUCCUCUGCUCUUAGGCUUCAUCUUAGUCAGGUGCACCAUCAUGAGAUAGAGUGUACUACAUCAUCCAAUGCAGAUGUGUGGUACCACUGUCCUGAAACUUCAUGCAUCUAUCACAUUAGUUUUGGUAUUAAUGGGAAACAUUUUUCCAAGCUUAAAUAUGUGAAACAGCAUUACCUUAAAGUUCAUGCCACUCGGCAUCAUGGGUGUGAAUGUGGUCAGGCCUUCAGCACUGCAGCACACCUGGCCCAGCACCGGCGAGCAUGUGGACUUGAUCUGGUGUGCACCUGUGGUCGCUCUUUUCAAGCACUGGAAACUCUACAGACUCACGUGCGACGUUUUGGCCAUGCCAUCAUGCACUCCACUCUUCAGGCCUUGAGGUCAAGGAAGAACUUACUUGCUGAAUCAAUGACAAGAUCACAGUCUUUUGCUGAGUCUCAAUCACAGGCUGUCAUUGCACAUCAUAUUCCAAUCAAGUAUCAGAGAAUAGAUGAAAGGAAGGAGGAGAGCAUAUCACCAUCCUCCACCUUUCCCACUUCAAUUGCUCCAGCACCAACCACCAUCUGUUCUGCAGCUGCCACACUUAAUCCUGUUACUCCUAUUCACCUACGACAACCAACCCAUCUGCUUGCAGCUAUUGCACUCAGUGAACUUGCUGCCACAUCAAUUAAAAGACUACCAUGUGUGGAUGUUGGCAUACAAACAGACUCUGAACAUCAAGGCAAACGUGCUCGGCGGAAAUCAUCUAGUCCAGCAAAAUGCUCAGAAUACUUAGGAGUCAGCACAACCAGUCGACACUCAGGAAAACGAAAGAGAACUGCUGAAACUCAAACAAGGUUAACUCAUAGGGACAGCAAAUAUAUGCGCAAUGGAUCACACUGUGCUUCCUCACCUUUAAAUACCCCUGGCAAUAGCAAUGAAAGUAUUACUAGUCAUGGCUACAUUGAAGAUUGUAAUAAUGAAAAUGGGUCACUUGGAGGCCUUUCAUUACAGGUUGACUUACCAGAAUUUAUCACCACACAACAGAGCACAUCAGGCACACAAACAAGUCCUCGAGUUGGAAGAAUUACACAACCUAGCCUCCAUGAUUUUACAAUUUCAUUUUUUGACCGAGCAUGUGGGGAGGAUGAACCUGGAAUAAGUCCAUCACUAACUACUAUAACAUCAACACAAACGUCUGAUGAUCUUGAUUCCUUUGAGUCAUCACAGCUAUUGAUUGAAGAGGAUGAAGAACUUUUAGGAGUUGUUGGAGAUUCUACCACAGCUGCUAGGCAACGGCCUCCUUCUCUGGGUCAUAUACGCUCUUCAAGUAUUGAAACUCAGACUGAUCAUGAUGUUCUUCUCAGUAAGAAUGCUAAUACACCUGAUGAUGUUGAUGGAAUCAUUCUUACAAAUAAUGAAACUCAGACAGAUCCAAGUAAUCUUCUCAUUCCAAAUGUUAGUCAUUCAUAUCAAAAUCCAGGAGCAUCAGAAGGAUGCCAUAUUCAUGAAGGGGACAGUUUAUGGUGUACCAGUGAAACUCAGACAUAUGAAGACUUCUCUGAUAUUGAACAAUUCAUGCGCUCAACAAUUCACACACAGACGUCAGAUAACAGCCAUAGUGAACUAUUUCCUGAACUUUCCUUCACUCACACACAAACUCAGACAAGUCUUGAUGAUCCACCUUCACUUGUUACAACACAUACACAGACCUCCCUAAAUGAGUUGUAAAUAUAUAUAUAUAUAUAUA